GAGUUAACCCUUAAAUGCGCCUUGUUGUUGUUCUACAACAUCUUAAUUCUGGCGGCUUAAAACCUUCAUUAAUAUUUUUUUUAUUUUAAAUUUUAUUCAUAUGAUAGUAGUAAUACUAGACAAAUAACAGGCAACACUGUUAUAAUUGUAUCAUGGUAUUUUAUUAUAUUUUGAAGGUAGUUUGCACGAAUCAUCUAAGUACCGAUUUACGUGAACAUUUGAUAGUGUCUUUUUAUUAGAAAAACGCAAGAAUGAACCAUUUAUCUGAUAAUCAAAUUGAAACGUAUUUGAGUCGUUUAGAGGCUGGAUACGUCUCUGAAGAUAAUUUAGAGGAUAGUGGUAGUGAACCUGAAGACGAUCCGGAGACAUUUUAUGAAAGUUCUGAAGCGAUCGCGCGAGAUCUUCAAGGUUUCGUUGAAGAUGAAGAGGAGCAGGAUGACGAUGAGCCAGAUCCACCACUUAUUGAAGAGGAGGCAGAUCAUACUGAAGAUGAUCCGCCUUUGGUAAACGAACUUGUUUCGGCUAGCACAUCUUCAACGAGAAUCAGGGUUAAUCGUAACCUCAUUUGGAGGAAAAGAAACUUAGAAAUACCUUCGAGCAAUUUAGAAUUCACUGGUAAUACUGAAUUUUCUCCUGAAGUAAUGUCUUUAGAUUCGCCAUACCAGUACUUUACAUAUUUUUUCAGCGAUUUCAUACAAAAUAAAAUAGUUGAAGAAAGCAACAUGUAUUCAACACAGAAGCAGGUAUCUAAUCCAUUUUUGAUUGGUAAGAUAGAUAUCAGAAAGUUUAUAGGCAUUCUCACCUAUAUGUCUGUCAUCCAUUAUCCAAGUAUACGCCUUUACUGGUCUGAUAAAUAUGGAUAUGCCUCCAUAAAAAAUGCAAUGACAUGCAAAAGAUUCGAAAAAAUAAAAUCAAUUAUCCAUUUCAAUGAUAACAAUAAGCAUUUGCCUCAAAAUCAUCCACAACACGAUAAAUUGCAUAAAGUACGACCCAUAAUAUCUCAUUUGAAUGAAAAAUUUGCUACGAUACCCCCACCACAGCGACUUGCAGUAGAUGAACAAGUAUGUGCUUCAAAAAUACAUCAUUAUAUGAAACAAUAUCUGCCAAACAAACCCCAUAAAUGGGGGUUCAAACUUUAUGUAAUCUGUAGCAUAUAUGGAUUUGCUCAUCAAUUUGAAGUAUAUUGUGGCGAAGAAAACAAGACAAUCUUACCCGGAGAACCUGACCUAGGCGUCAUUGGAAAUACUGUUGUUCGCUUGGCACGUAUAGUACCUAGAAGAGUGAAUCACAUAAUAUAUUUCGAUAAUUACUACACUUCACUGCCAUUAGUAUCCUACUUAUACAAACAGGGAAUCUAUAGCCUAGGUACAGUACAGCUCAAUCGGCUUCCGAAGGUGAAGUUACCAGAUAAAAAGAAAAUAAUGAAAAAAGACAUACCAAGGGGUUUUCAUGAAGAAAAUACGACCACUUACGAUAAUGUUGAAGUAUCAGCAACAAUUUGGAAAGACAACAAACCUGUUACUCUGCUAUCGACAUAUGUAGGAGCACUACCAGUAACAACUGUACAAAGAUACGACAAAAAGCAAAAGAAAAGAGUAGAUAUUGACUGUCCGAAGGUAAUAAGGGAAUACAAUGCAAAUAUGGGAGGAGUGGAUUUGAUGGAUAGUUUUAUAGGACGCUAUAGAAUUAGAAUAAAGAGUCGAAAAUGGACUAUGAGACUUUUUUAUCACAUGCUCGAUAUGACAAUUAUAAAUGCUUGGAUAUUAUCAAGAAACAUAAAUGCUCUAAAGGGACAUAAAAGUCUAAGACUUGCUGAGUUCAGGCUGGCGUUGGCAGAUACACUUUGUGAGUUAGAUGAUACAGGAAAUUCUUCUGGUGCUUCUUCACCGACGACAAAGCGCGGUAGACCCAGUAAUGCUUCAAUUGAAAAGGCAAUUCUAGAAGUUAAGAGAAAAAGAGUUCCAGGACAAACGGCACCAGGUAAAGAUGUUCGUUUAGAUAAAGUUGCACAUUGGCCAGUGUGGUCUGAUCGUGGGAGAUGCAAGUACCCUUUUUGCAAAGGCUACACUCAAACAAUAUGUAUAAAAUGUGGCGUUUUUUUGUGUUUUAACAAAAAGAACAAUUGUUUUCAUAAAUACCAUAUUACAAAUUAAUAUAAAAAUUACCUAAAUUGCCUAUUAUUACACUAUAUUUCUAGAUUUACGGCUAUGUGAAGUACAUUAUUUUUAUGUUCAUAUUGCGCCAUGUUGUAGAUCUGCAACGCUGUAUUUAUGGCUUAAAAAUACAAUAAAUAAUUCCAAACUAUUAUUUUUAUUAUUUUUCCUGUAAAUCAUUUCAUGUAAUACGUAUAAUAUAUUAAAAUUGAUAAAAUCUAAAAAUUGGCGCAUUUAAGGGUU